AUAAACUGAACUUUCUGUAUUGUAAAACACAAUACCUAGUUUUAAGGAAAUUUUAAAUAAAAUAUGUAAUACCACACACAUAUAUCACAAAAAAAGCACUCUCUAAUUGAAUAAUUUAAUAUUUCAAUACACGUAAUAUUUUAAUAUUUGAGACGUUUAAUACUUUAAUAUUUGAGAAACGUAAUUUUAAUUUUUAUAAGUUUUUAAGCAAUACAUUUGGGAAUACUUUUUAAUCACUAAACUUUUUAUUCACAUUAUUUCUAGCUCAAAAAGAAAAGAUGGCUUCGCAGAUGGCGCUGACGUUUGGUGUCAAAUGUAUACAAUGUACACAGUUCGAAAUUACGUUUAAUUAAUUAAUAAUAUUUAUUAUACAUUAAUAAAACAAAUAUAUCAAUUGCGUAAUAAUACAUUAACUGUCGUAUCUAGAGUUUUCUUUUUUCACUGAAAAAAUGGGUGAUGAAGAAGUAAUACGCCGAAGAUUACUGAUUGACGGAGAUGGAAUUGGAGAUGAUCGUCGAAUAAAUAUACUUCUAAAAUCAUUCAUAAAAUGGGCAAAUAGUCCAGAUGUAGAUAACACUUUGCAUGAAAGAAUGUUGUCCCAGCUGGCUCAAUGUGAAUUUGCACAAAGGAAAUCCAGAUUAGUCUCAAAUAUGAGUCAAGAAGAACUGAAGAGCUACGAACAGUUAUCAAAGGAAAUUGAAAUUCAAAUAGAGGAGGCUAAACGGGACAUAGAAAAAACAAAAGCAGAAUUGCAAGAUGCUAAACGUGUUAGGAAAAAUAGAAUAGAAUAUGACGUACUAGCAAAAGUUAUAAACGAGCAGCCGGAUAGAGUAGAAACCAAUUUAAAGCUUGCUACAUUACGUGAAGAAUUAGGUAAACUAAAGGAAAAGUCUGAACAAUUAGAACAUAAAUUAGAAAUGAGACGUAAACAGUUCCACGUUUUAAUAUCUUCCAUACAUUCUUUACAAGGAAUGUUAGAUGAGUGUGAUGAGGAAAUAAUGGAUGUAAGUUUAGAAAAUUAUGAAGACACAGAUACUUCAAUACCUAUGAAAACUGAAACAUCUUGA